GCUUUCGGCCGCACUAGAUCCAGAAGGUGUCCAAUCCCACCGCCAAACGCACCUAUCUAUCUGCUGCUCUUCUUGUUCUAUAGCUCUGACAUCUGGGCGAAGGAGAUGGCAACGGCAAGGAUUGGAUUGGCUCCUUGGUUCCACAAUAAGGUCAUCGAUCCUCUUUUCCAAAUCCUCCGCAGGGGUGCUGAACCAAAGCAAUUGGCAUUCUCUGUUGCUCUUGGCAUUACCAUGGGAGUAUUUCCAAUAUGUGGGGUGACUGUGUUUCUGUCUGGGAUGGCUAUUGCAUUGCUUGGAUCUCGUUGCCAUGCCCCAAGUGUAAUGCUGGCAAACUUUAUUGCAACUCCGAUAGAGUUGAGCCUGCUGGUACCCUUCUUACGAUUUGGCGAAAUUCUCUCUGGUGGGCCUCAAUUUCCGUUGACGGCUGAUGCUUUGAAGAAGAUUUUGACCGGCCAAGCCUCUUGGGAAGUCCUCUUAAGUGUAGCACACGCGUUACUGGGAUGGCUUGUAGCGGCACCCUUUAUCCUGGCAACCCUCUAUGUAAUUCUUCUUCCGUGUUUCAAGCUCUUGGUUCACAAGUUUAGUUCCGUUCCUUCAAGCCCAAAGAAACAACCUAACUCACCCUCUGAUGUUAGGCUGAAGGAAAAUGAUGCAUUUCUUUCUAUUGCCCAGCAUUGUGGGAUGUACUCCUAUGUUGAAUCAUUUAUGUGGUUCCAAGUUGGACACAAGUUGAAGUUCACUUAUUAUGAAGUUCUUUUUCUCUCAUUUAAUUUUCGUAUUUUUUUUUUCCAGUAAUUUUUUCCCAUACCCUCUGAAAAACCUUUUGGCAUCCAACAUGCGAAUGAAUCAUGGUAUGUUCAUUGUACAAAACAGUUGACUAGAUGGAAAAUAUGAUCAUAGACUAAUCUGUUUCUUUUUAUUCAGACCAAGAAGAAAAAAGGUUUCCUUUCAUGCCCGUUAGUUCUCUCAAUAAUCAAUAUAUGUUGA